AUGAGACCAUUAACGGAAGAUGAAACUAAAAUAUUUUUUGAAAAACUUGCAAAAUACAUCGGAAGAAACAUAAUACAUUUGAUUGAUAGAUCUGAUGAAACCUAUGUGUUUAGAUUACAAGAAAAUAAAGUUUAUUAUACGAGUGACAAGAUGAUGCGCCAAGCAAUGAGUGUAGGAAGAGAUAAUUUGAAAUCAGUUGGAAUAUGUUUCGGUAAAUUCACUAAAUCUCGAAAAUUUCAAAUAAAAAUUACCGCAUUAGAUUACUUGGCCCAAUAUGCAAAGUACAAGAUAUGGAUAAAACCAAAUGGAGAAAAUUCAUUUUUGUAUGGUAAUCAUGUAUUAAAGGCACAUCUUGGACGUGUAACAGAUGAUACGCCUGAACAUCAAGGUGUCAUUAUAUAUUCAAUGUCUGAUAUACCUUUGGGAUUUGGAGUAACUGCUAGAUCAACUGUUGACAUUCGUAAAUUACAACCAACAGAUAUUAUUGUAUUUCAUCAGUCAGAUGUAGGAGAAUAUUUACGUGAUGAAGACACAUUAUUUUAA